AUGAAAUUCCGCUGCGGUUGCGGCUGGCCGGGCUUCUGGGACUGCGUGCCGGGGGCGGUACGAGAGGCGGCCGACGCCGACGGCACCCGCACGGAGAUUCUCUGCAACGCGUGCAACGGCCACCUGGGGCACGUCUUCCGCGGCGAGGGGUUCCGAAACCCGCCACCGAAUGAGCGGCACUGUGUGAACAGCACAUCCAUUCAUUUUCGGCCGCAGCAGUGA